AUGGCCAUGAAUUCACUCUUCAGUAACGGGGAUCCCUGCCCAAAUGAUUUGCUAUUAUUCAAUCAGCAGUUGGACGUCGUCAAUAGAAAUCUUCCCUCGGGAUCUGCUCUAGCAAUCCCUCAGAUGGAUCAACGUGACCCGAUGACAGGGCGUUACGUGUGUAAAUAUUGUUCCUAUUCUACUGUUCAGAGGACCCAUCUAGCGCGGCAUGAGCGUUCACAUACGGGCGAGAGACCAUUCAAAUGUCAGUUUUGCUCCUACAAAGCGACGCUCAAAACGUGCCUCAUCAAUCACGAGAGAACACAUACCGGGGAGAAGCCGUACAAGUGCAAGUUCUGUAACUAUUGUGCAUCUCAGAAGGUCACCUUAGAGCGACACCAAAAAACGCACUUUAAGAACACACAAUUGGCGACACUCGAUUAA